CUUCAAUCAAUACUAUGCAAUGCACUAGAUUUUUUUACAUUUUGUUUUUAUGUUAAGAAAGUCUUUGCCGAAAAUAUGACACCUUUUCAGGUCCCGGUGACCUUGGGUAUAAUUUAAAUCAUCUUUGGACAGCUUUCUGCAAGUUGUUAGGCAUAUUUUUGCCUAAUGUGGAUAGACUUUUAUACAAGGUGUAUUGACCAAUACAUUACAUAGAUUUAGUAAUCGAAAAUUGACGGAGUUUGUUGUGUAUUUGAGUUGUAAAUACAAUAACUGAGGCAUGAGUAGGAAAGCUCGAAAUCGUCCCGGGCGGACAAAGACAGUUCUCGGCGUCGUGGGAUUCGUGAUUGCCUUGUUCUCGUACCUGAUGCUGCAGCAGGAUACUGAAGUAGAGCCUGUUGCAGGAUUGCGUCAGAACUAUGAUGGAUAUUCUAACUAUAGCUUGCCACUUCACUUCGCUUACAAGAAAUAUAACACUACAAAAGUGUUGUGUGGAGCCGAGUGUACGUCGACCGACAGUUGCAACGCAUUCACCUACAAGAUGAAUGCCAGCGUAAGUUGUCGCCUCUACCGACAACCUCCCACCGUCUGGGGCUACCAGGCCUCCGAGGAUCCCACGGCAGAUGUCUUCUUUAAGAAAUAUUUGUUUGGGCGUGCAAAGAGGACGCUGAAUGGCAGAUAUUACUACAUCGGGCAAAAAUUAAUGACUGUGAAAGAAGCAGCUAAUCACUGCGAGACUCUGCCUGGGGGGAUCUUUCAGCUUUCAGUGAAUAGCGAAGAAACAGAACGACUCGGGUUAUACAAGAUCAUGUACACCGUGCAGAAGCUGACCAUCAAGGAUGGUCACCAAUUGUGCCUUAGAGAGUGUCAUUGGCUGGACGACUGCAGAGCGGUGACGUACAAGGAAGCAUUUAACAGCAGCUGCCGCCACUACAGACACACACCCGCUCACUGGGAGUACUCGGCCCACACUGACCGCAAUGCGGUGGUCUACCUCAAGAAAUCACUAUUUCACGCCAACGCCACUAUGAAGGGUAGAAAAUUCUACCAGUUAAGCAGUAUCGCGAUGAAUUUGACGGAAGCUGUGGCAUUCUGCGACCAGUUAUCGACCGAGAGAAUGUCGCACGUCGCCGCCACGUACGAGCGUCCGCCCAAGCCUUCCUUCAAAGGCAUGCUCGAGGAGCGCUACCAGCUCGCCUCCGAAGCCAGCAGGCUCCGUGAGAAAAGCUCAAAAUCUUCGCAUGGCAUCUUUUACCAGACGAUAACGAACCUCUCCAAACUUGAGUCGCAAGACAACGGGCCUGUCAGACUAAGAUCGUCUUCGUACGUGAGAACGUAUCACAUCUAUGACGGUCAUCACAAAGUUGCGCUGCUUAAUUCGAGUGCGAAGGGCUUCGCCUUCUGUGAAUAUAAUCCACUGAUAGUAGACGAGGUUUCAGUUUUGGCUUUCACAGGUUACCCUGCAUUUGAUGUUGAUAUCGACUUACGAGAAAUUGUUUAUUCGUGGAACUAGAAUAAAAUUUACAAAGGCGCCGGCAUCAAGCUAGAUUGCACGAAACUUUGACACGCAUUGGUUUUAAACGAUAGACCAUAGACCCUUAUAAGUUAUCCUUAUCUCGCAAGUUUUGCAAGCUCAAAUGCAGAAAACCCAUUUCUUAAAAUACGAUUGAAAUUGCGCCAAAAGUACGUUAAUUCAGCCAUUGUUUGAAAUCCGGAAUUCAACGGAAAAUCGUUAGUUGUUGUUGACUCUAAGUUGGAGCUGCAAUGUUGUUUCUUGUGUUUUAUCUUGUUUCAUUUUAGGCGAACGCGAAGUUUGAUGGUUUUACAGGAAUAUAAGUUAACUUGAUUGUUUUAGAAAAUAUACGUCGGCUUCUGGCCAAGUGUUCA